AUUUUUUGAUAUUUACUCAAAUGUUUUCAACUUCACUGCCUAUAAAAGAAAUAGCAAAGAAAUUAUUCUUACUCAGUAUCGAAGCGACACUUCAAAAUGAGAUUGUGCGUAUUAAUUGUUGGUGUCCUCAUUCCAAUAGCUUUAGUUCAAGCUGCCGACGUAGCUAGCACCAGUCAGAUAACCAAACCGGCUGUUGUAAAACCUCCAGUCCAGCAAAUCGUAUGCUACCUAAGAGACAGAUUGCUUCCAUUUUGUCCACCUUGUAUAGAUCGAUGUCCUUGCAUAUUUCCUGGUACUGAUGUAAAGGUAUAUGGAAGAACUGCUGAGCGACCGCCAUAUUGUCCCCAAUGUCCGGUAAUAUAUUAUAUUAUGGAUCCAUGUCAGUUUCUAGCCACAUGUACACCUGAAAUAAUUCAGGCCAUGGUUGAUGAUUCAUAAGAUGUUGGUAUAAAAUAAAAUCGCUGUUACGACCUAA